AUGAAGGCUAUUAUUCUCGUCGGUGGCUUCGGCACCCGUCUUCGCCCUCUUACCCUCACCCUCCCCAAGCCUCUCGUCGAGUUCGCCAACAAGCCCAUGAUCGAGCACCAGAUCGAGGCCCUCGCCGCCGCAGGCGUCACCGAUGUCGUCCUUGCUGUCAACUACCGCCCUGAGAUUAUGGAGAAGCACUUGGCAGAGUACGAGAAGAGGUUCGGCCUCAACAUCACCUUCUCCGUCGAGACCGAGCCCCUCGACACCGCCGGCCCCCUGAAGCUGGCCGAGAACAUCCUCGCCAAGGACGACUCUCCCUUCUUCGUCCUCAACUCGGACGUCAUCUGCGACUUCCCCUUCAAGGACCUCGCCGAGUUCCACAAGAACCACGGAGACGAGGGCACCAUUGUCGUCACAAAGGUCGAGGAGCCCUCCAAGUACGGUGUCGUCGUCCACAAGCCCGGCCACGCCACCAAGAUCGACCGCUUCGUCGAGAAGCCCGUCGAGUUCGUCGGCAACCGCAUCAACGCCGGCAUGUACAUCCUCAACACCAGCGUCCUGAAGCGCAUCGAGCUCCGCCCCACCUCCAUCGAGAAGGAGACCUUCCCCGCCAUCGUCCGCGACGGCCAGCUGCACAGCUUCGACCUGCCCGGCUUCUGGAUGGACGUCGGUCAGCCCAAGGACUUCCUCACCGGCACCUGCCUGUACCUCACCUCCCUCACCAAGCAGGGCUCCAAGCUGCUGGCUCCCCCCAGCGAGCCCUACGUCCACGCCGGCAACGUCCUCAUCGACCCCUCGGCCAAGAUUGGCAAGAACUGCAAGAUUGGCCCCAACGUCACCAUCGGCCCCAACGUCGUCAUUGGCGACGGCUGCCGUCUGCAAAGAUGCGUCCUGCUGCCCGGCUCCAAGGUCAAGGACCACGCCUGGGUCAAGAGCACCAUCGUCGGCUGGAACAGCACCGUCGGCAAGUGGGCUCGCCUGGAGAACGUCACCGUCCUCGGCGACGACGUGACCAUUGGCGACGAGAUCUACGUCAACGGUGGCAGCAUUCUCCCCCACAAGAGCAUCAAGGCCAACGUCGACAUCCCCGCCAUCAUCAUGUAA